GCGCCAAUUUUGCGUCAUGACGCGGAGAAGCGGUGAACUACGCUGCAGACGCGCCGGUCGGCAGUACAGUGUCGGCACCUAUCCACAGAACGCCCAGACCUAUCCAUCUAGCCACCGAAACGGGACCAUUGAAAACAAAAAUACCACGUGCGCGGUGACUAAUGUGUGAAUGUUCACUGCUAUUUGGUGCUUAGUGUGUAAGUAAGGAAAUUCGCAAUGGACAAGUCACACGGCAGUUGUGAGUGUUGUGAAAAAUGGUAUAAGAAACACAUUGCAAUUAAGAGAAAGAUUGCUGAAAGAAGCCUCCAGAUUAGCAGAUUCCUGCAGCUUGACCAGGAGAACAAGAAGCUGAGGGAUGAGCUUCGUGACAUGCAGGAAUUGUCACAGACGUUGCGUGCUGAUUGUGUGGGGUACAAGAAGGAAAUGUGUGCCACGCUGGCUGAGCUGAGUUCACUGCAGCAGCUCUCCAGCAGCCAAUGUGCGGAGCUGGCACGCUUGAACCAGGAGCGAGAUGAGGCCUACCAGGCACAUCAGGAGGCACAAACGUCGCUGCAGAGUUGCCAGGCAUCCCUGAGGCAGUACGAGGCACUUAUCCAACAGCAGAAGGAGGAGGCCGAAGGCAAGGCUCGCACAAGGCCACAUGAUGCUUUCUCUGCAGUAUCCAUGCUGGAAAAGAAGCUUCAGGCAUGCACCCAGCAAGCGAAGCAGGCACGCUCCCAGCACAAGAAAGCGAUGGGCUGGCUUCGAGGCUUUCUUGAACUGCUGAGACAUCCAGAGUCUUGGACCGGCACAAAGUUGCAGCUGCAAGUGGAGCGCCUCACCAACCUCGUGCACGCUGAGGAAAGCCCAGAUGAAGACUUGCAGUGUGGUGCACGUCAGUUGGAAGCAUUUCUUGAAAGUUAUGCGACUUCAACAGAAGAAUUAACUACAGAAGACCUGAUUGCAAAAGCAAGAGAAAUGCAAAUUCCAAAUCUAUUGUCCCCAUUGCCUCCAUCACCACAAUCACGUAUGCUUGUGCCAGAUCCAGUGCCCUUUGUGUCAUCAUACUCCAUGCUACUGUCAGCUUCAUCAGAGCCAGAACCUCCAACACCUUCGCUCGAGCUUAGCCCAUCAGGAGUUCCAUCAGACCACGUGCUACUAGCAGCAUCAUCUGAGCAAGUACCAUUAGAAUGCCCAUCAGAGCUAGUUCCAGCCGAGCCAGUGUAUAAUGUAAAUACUUUAACACCCCUGUCAGAACUUGCGCCGCCAGCACCUCUGUCAGAGCCUGUGCUGCCGACAGUCCUGCACAACACUGCUUCUCAGGUGAAAUCGUUGGGCUCAGUUUCACUACUGCCCCACGUAGAACCAUUGCAGCAAGUACGCUUGUCGAAAUCAGUGCUUCUAGGACCUCCCUUGGAGCCAUUGCUACCAACAUGUUCAUCAGAUAUGAUUCCACAAGCAACCCUGUCAACAUCAACACCAUUGGCACCUAUGUCAGAUCUUGUGAGGCUGACACAACAUUCGGAGUUAGCACCACCUGUUUCAGUGGAAUCAGAGCCAACAUCGUUGAUUGUUCUGUCAGAACCAGCAUCACCUGCUUCAUUGGAACCAGAGCCAGCAUCGGUGAUUGCCCUGCCAGAACCAGCACCAUCGGCUUCAUUUGAAAUAGAGCCCACAUCGGUAAAGGCCCUGUCUGAACGGGCAUCACCUGCUUCCUCAUCGAAACCAGAGCCAACAUUGGCACCACCUGCUAUUUCAUUGGAACAAGAGCCAACAUCAGUGAUUGCACUGUCAGAACCGGCACCACCUGCUUCAUUGGAACCAGAGCCACCAUUGGUGACUGCCAUGUCAAAAGUGACAUUACCUGGAUCUUUAUUGAAACCAGAGCCAACAUCGGUGAUUGCCCUGUCAGAACCAGCACUACCUGCUUCUUCAGUGGAACGAGAACCAACAGCAGUAGCUGCUGUGUCAGAAUUGGCAGCACCAGCAUGCUUGUUGAGGCAAGUGAUACCAGAACCUUCACCGGUACUGGCCCUAGCAUCAUCUUCAUUGGACUUAGCGCCGCCAGCACCUCUGUCAAAACCAGUGGUGAUGACACCUUCGUUGGAGCUGGUGCGGCAGGCGUCUCCAUCAGUUCCUCCUGCAAGGCUGAUGCAGCAGUCAGAAAGUGUGCUGCCACCCCCAUUGUUGGCACCAGUGUCACUGAGACCAACAGAGCCAAAGCUACCUGCAUCAGAGCCAGCAUACACUGGCUUAAAAUCGCUGGCCAAUCAUUCUAAGAGCUCGCACGUUGUUGGCACAACAAGCAAUAAGCCCCUGCAAAGAUCCAGUGGCCUUGAACAGCAAUUGUGUGUGCAACAAAUUGAGGAGAGGCAACCUGGUAGGGAGCAGGAGAGAUGCAGCACUGGAGAAGCUAGUGUUGUUACACGGCUGAGUGAAAAGCAAUCAGCCGGACCACAUAUGAAGACCUUGACAGAUAAGAGCAAUGUUCGACAUGAGAAGUUGGCACUGGAAGGAGAACCACCCUUGGAGACAGUGCAGAAGGUGGCCAUGGAUGUGGGCUUCUCACUUCGUCCUGUGCUGGAGCAACAGUCAUCUCCCGAGGGAGAACCGCCAGUGCAUGAGGAGGGACAACCUGCACCAAUCCAGUGUUUAUCUCAAAGAAGACAGCAGGAACAACAAGAGCUGGUAUCUGUGGUAGAAGUGCUGCCAAAGAGGAAGCAGUGGUUGGCCAGAAAGAGACAGUCACCUCCAUCAGCAACUGAGAGAAAGUGUGCACUGCAUGGCAAUCGCGAGGACCAGCAAUUGAUGACACCACAGCUGAAGCAGGCAGGCCAUGAGAAAGAACAGCCACGAGACAGCCAGAAGCGUCUGUUUGAAGGGCAGGAUCACGCACCCACGAGCAAGAAGCCCCGGCUCAGCAAGCGCCAGCUGCGUGAGCUCUUCUCAUCCAGCUCAGAAGAGGACGAAGCUUCGGCAGCAGAGGAAAGUGCAUACACCACAUUUCUUUCCAGUGCUGAGCACACAGCCUUGAGCAGAGCAGCAUCUGGCAAACUGCUCGCCUCAAAGGCAGCGCACACAGCAAUGUCCAAGUUGUCGUGGCUCGCAAUGCAACCUGAGGUGCGGCCAGGAGUGGUGGCCUCCUUUGUGCGCAACGUGAAACGCGAUGCACUCGUGUACGCUGCUCUCCUCUACCUAGGCCGUUGCAAGGCCAACCCGGUGGCAGCAUAUUGCCGUGGCGAGCAGGCACCGCCGCUAAUCACCAAGCUUGAAGCACUGCUGCUUGAGGCAUUGGCGCUCAAGCCAGAUGGGUUCGCUGCACUAUUGUCUUCCUUGCGGGCACGAUUGUGGAGCCCACGGAAGCCAACACGGAUGUUGGCACAGGCAUCGUAUGUGCGUCUACUGUGUGCAGUGUGCAGCCAGCUCAAAGAACACAAGGUGGCUCGUGUUGCAGCCUGGGACCUGAUGUGCUCUGACCAUGCUCCUUUUUUGGUGGCGUCAGCUGUGGGUGCCUGGCCUGGUCUACUUUCUGCAUUGCCCCCUGGGCCAUUGCAGAGGGCUGUCAGCUACAUCCUACUCCGCAGUCCAGCGCACGCUCUCAACAACACAUUGAAGUCACAGGCCCACAAGGUGCUGUGUGAGCUUGGUCCCCUGCAGGAAUUCGUGGGAGAUGAGCGGACGCUUGUUGAAGAGCUGCUUGACCCACUUUUGCUUCCACACCGGCAGUGCAGAGAUGUCUGCGUGACACAUCGCCUGGCACUGGAGCAGCUGUGCAGGCGUUCACCAGUUGACCUGCUGGCUUGGCUGCUUGAGCAGCGACUGGGCCCCCAUAUGCAGUCAAUGCUAGACCAGCCCCACGCUUCUUGCCUCGUCAGACUGCUAGGGUUGCUGUGGAAGCAUUACGAGAAAGCAGCCGUCAAGCUGGAGACCCUGCUCAGUCAGCUGGAGAGCUUUCUCUGCCAUGGAGAACCAGCACUGCAAGAGGCAAUUGGUCGAGCACUUUAUCUGCUGCCUGGCCUUGAAGGCAGCCGCUGGGCUGGGGCCCUGAUUCACUGGCGGCGACAGCAACCAUCUUAAGUUUGUACCUGAGGCAGGUUUCACAAACCAGGUAAUCUGUUGCCAUAACUGUGUGGUGCAUAAGGAAAAACACAAACAAAUAAAAGACGACCGUAUCCUGAGUAAAGCAUCCACAAGGCAAGGCUGCUGUUGAGGGUCCAUCCUGAAGCAUAUGGCUAGCUUCUGUGCACCUUGCCUAGGUAGCAACAUGCUAAGAAGGAAAUGUGCAAAUUGCCAUUUUUUGAAUGACAACUGCACAUGCAAGUGGAACUGCACUGUGUGUUCCUGAAGAGGUCUCCAAACUCUAGCUUUCAGUUUCGGGCUGCCACUAGUAAGUGACGCUCUGUCCCCUUCGAACGUGUGGUGCAUGAAAUAAAGGGUGAGGACAUGCAGGUGUGCUCGCUCCUGUAUGUAGAGGCCCCAAAUUGUGCCGAUCUCUCUACGUGUUCUUGCAUGAACACUGCAUCUCUCGCGUUAUACAACAUAGUUGUUGCUCAUUUCACCAGACACAUUGUGCUUCCAAACAACAAGCUCUGUGAGUUGUAUACUUCAAGAGGUAUGUCCAGCAGCCUGACAUAACUGUCGACAUUUGCUACACCGAAUUGUGCUGGCUUUUGUAAAGUGCUGGUCCUACCUGAGGUAGAACUAGUGUUGUAGGGAACGGUGUUCCAAGAAGCGGUGUUCCUGGAACUAUUUCCUUUUAGGAGGAACGGAGGAACGCCACCGUUCCAUUAAGGGUCGGUGGAACUGUAACGGUAACUCGAUAGGUUUACGAAGGAAUGGCAGAGGGAACGGCGCUCCUUCUGUAAACGUUCCACGGCAUUGAACAGACGCAUGCACGUAUGCAGCACAUCAUGCAGGGCAGAUGGGCGACUGCGUGAGGCACGAAGAACUACCGCUUGCCUGUCAUGUGACUAUGGCGCAUUUUCUUCGUGAGUUCUUCGCUAUAUUUUUUUAUGACUAGACUCCAAGAUUGUCACGUGACUCUCCCUCCUGUAGACCAUCAACAUAAAGACAGAGUUGGCUGCAGUGACCAAACCAGCCAGUGCAGACGUUGCCACCUCGUCCACGCCCGAAGAUUUCUUCUCGAUCGGGCGCCAAACCCUUCCAGCCGAGGAACAGGAUGAGCUGUCGCGGUACCUGCUGGUACCAGUUGGUUACCCGCUGUCACAGAUGAAGAACUUCGAGGGACUGAACCAAAUUUUCCACAAGUAUAGCACGGCAGUACCCUCAAACGCUUCGGUGGAAUGGCUCUUCAACAUUGCCAACGAAGUGCUGACGAAGAAACGGGUUCGUCUGUCGGACACCGACAUCGAGAUGGAAGUCUUGCUGAGUUCAAACAAGGGACUUUACUAAGUUGCGAUUAUGUGUAAUGGACAUUUUUCUUCCGCUCAUACUGCAAUAUUGAAUCAGCAUUCAUUAAACCUAUUGUUCCUUUCGAUGCGGUUUCUUGUGCAAGAAAUUUAAUUAUUUUGAUGCAUGUGAGUAACUUUCUAUUUGCACAUCUGAAGUGCAGUAUCCUUCCUGACUGUGCAUUUGAAGACUGAAGUGGAAGGUGCCAUAUGUGUUGCACUUGUAAUAAACGAGCACCAAAGUUGCAGUUAGACAUGCCUGGAGUAUGUCCGGUGCUCCCUGAACAAAUUCGUCUAGGAGCAUUUCUUUGGAUUGUUUUUAUCUCCAGAUAAUCUGCUGUUGGCGAUGUUCAAGUUCGUAUAAUAUACGUAGUUCGAUGAGAGUGUUAAAUUGCUCACUUUAUUUUGCCUCAAGAUUAUCCGACACUAUAUUUUAAUUUUAAAAAAUCAAAUGUAACAUUAAUGUAACGACACAUUCCAAUGUUUGAAGUGUAACUGGAAUGCGUUCGUUUCACAUUAAAGGAACUUGUAACGGGCACUCGUUUCAAUAUUGGGGAGGAACAAGGAACGAGCUUUCAUUCCUGUUUUUGAGGAACGUGUACAACACUAAGUAGAACAAUGGCCAGUAUGUGACAGCUUUGUUGUCUGCCUUCGUGACAGUCGUUUCCUGCUAGGCAUGAGAAGCUGGCACUCGAAGCAUGGACACAGGUGCGUGAGUCGGAGGGUACUGACAAAAAAAAACAAACAGAAGUUGCAACUCUACACUGACUACUACUCCAUUGCUGCAAAGCUAAGCCCAAUUCAGAAUGCCAUUAUUUGCUGCCAGCAUGUGAACUCUGUGGCCACUUUGCCUAAUCUACGCAAGUCCAACUCGCUCUGAAACUUUUGCAGGAAGGGGCACUUUGUAGAAGCUCAUGAAAACUUAAGCGCAGGGUUGGCUCUGUCCAGCUGCACACUGUCUAGAAUCAGCCAAGGAAAUGUUCUUGGAAGUCACCAUGGACAAUCACACGACCUAGUUUAAGGUUGACUGCAAUGCAGUGGUGCUGGCUAUACCAAGCGACCUCCCCAUGCUUCCCGCCAAGCUCUUCAAGGUUGACACACUCCUCAAAGGACUUGGAGGCCAACCACUGCAUGUACUCAGCUCCUGCUUAGGAUGACUUCAGUGACAGUGAAGACAAGGCUCCCAGUGGCUCUGUGUCGUUUAAUCCCUGUCUAUGCCUCUUCUGGGACUGUCUGCAGUAUUAGCCCUGAGUGUUAUGACAUAUUUGGGCAGAGUACAAACCCCUGAGACACCACCGCAUGCCAUACUCGUUUGUAGACUCGGCACCCUCAAGGACAGAUACCAGAUUCACCUGAAAUUGGACACCCUGCCAUUCACUCUAAAUAUAACUCGUGAGAUCCCGAAAUAGACAGGCUUGAGGUUGUGACUUGUCGCAUUAUCAGGCCAACUCUGUACUUGUUCCCAUGUCACUAGGAGACUACUGUAUCUACGUCGAUUUGAUUCGGCUAAACCAAGUAGUGCUACGAGAAUGCCGCAUCCUCUCACAGUUGAGCAUGUCCUUUGCCUGCUUGAAAACACAGCAGUAUUCAAGAAACUGGUUGCCACUAGGUGAAACCAUCUGCCGACUACAGUGAAAUCUCGAUAUGAACUUCAGGGGACCAUGGUAAAUGGUUCGUUAUUCUGAAAAGUCGUUAUAGUGAAAGCUCCAAAAUUAGCCAUUCCGCCCAUUAACCCAUCAGUUCAUAAGUUGUUACCAUAUGAGCUAUCCAUGAAGACGUUGCUGUUGGCGCUCGGCCUGCGCUGUUGCUAUUUACCAUAGAUUCCAGCCCCACGCACCACCGAAGCACCGUGUACAGUAUAGACCACUUAUAAUGUAACCACUUAUAGUGCAGGACCGGAUAUAGUGCUGUCUUUUCAGACUCCUGUUAAUUUUCCCAUAGCACUCCAAGUAUACACGUAUCGCUUAUAGUGCAGUUGCAGGAAACGAAAUACUGGUUACAGUGCGGCUGCCUCGGAGUACAGAAGUCGGCGGAGGCGGCGAACGCUCCCCUCAAACAGGCGCCCCAAGGAGUGCUCCAGGAAGAAAGAGAGACGAAGUGGAGGAGAAGGGCACGUGGUGCGAACGAACAGACAGUGAGGCGGAAACCUGAAUCUUGAGUGCGAGUCGUGAAAUAUCCCGGCGCGCAUAGCGAGCGAGGGCCAUGUAACUGCCAACGCCGGCCAACGCUCGCUUCACGAUAACGGCAGUAAAGAAAACUUCAGGGAGCGGGCGGCGCUGGCACAGCACGGCGAAGGGCGCACGCGGAGACCGUGGAAUGUGAGGGAGGAGGGCGGCAGGGAAGCGGAUUUCGCCUCGGCAACUCCGCCGCUUCGGUGGCUCCCCUCACCCUCCCUCGUAGCUCCCUCACUUUCGACUGUCACCUUGCGCGCCCGCCGCCGUGCAGGCGCCGCCGCUCCAGCCGGCCCGGCGCCAGCUCCCCGAAGUUUCGUUUUCUGCCGUUAUCGGGAAGCGGGUGUUUGCCGGCGUGGGGCAGUUUCGUUUACCGGCCUGGGACAGCGCCGCUGCUUCCCUCUGUGCCGUAGCUGCAGCGUGCAAGGUCAACACGCGACUAGAAAGUAGAGGAAGCAUAAAGGAGAAAGAAGGGUUCACUGCCCUUUUCUACGCGUGGCUACGGUAGCGUGGCUGAGACGUCGGCAUGUACACGCAUGUUCUGGCGCAACGCAGAAUCGGCGACCUUGCCAUUUGAGAGAGGGUGGAAUUUCCGCCGCGUUUUUUUGCUUUUUGUUUUGUUCGCGCGCGACAUUGGGGUUUCUCCUAAGCUUUUGCCGGUCGGAGGCAUCGCCGCGUGAUUUGGUUCGAAUUAACGAGAUUCGACUGUAAAUUGAAUGCAAACGUUCUAGCCGCAUUUCUCGACUGUGGCAUGCGCGUGGCGGCUCGGUGCAUAUGUUUUGCAUAUGUGCGGGCCUUGAAAAUUGUUGCUUUGGUUAUAGUGCGGUACCGUUUAUAGUGCGAAUAUUCGCGACUCCGGGGACUUAACGUUAUAAGCGGUCUACACUGUAAUAAGAGUUACGCACUCAAAACAGACGCUUACGCCGAGAAAACUACCGAAAAAAGGAAGCUUUAUGUUACCUCCAAAGCGCAUUAUUUCUUGUUUCUUUUCACAUUCCUUGCCACGGACACUGCAACUGUCUCGCUCGAGGCGGACACCUGAACUGUUCUAAAGCGCAAGAGCGCGUAGAUGACAACGCCAGGAAAGUACAAAGUGUGACCGUGUGACAACCUCGCGAGUAUGGAGGUAACAUUUCUCAGUACGGCCACUGAAAGCGCUGAAAGAAACGCGAAAGAAGGAAGAGACGCCUCCGUUGCUAGGCGACACUUGGCUGGGCGAACCUAAAGUCCCUAGAUUUGCUGCUCUUUUUUAGAGAAAGCAAAAAAAAAAAUAUCUAGGGACUUUAGGCAAAGCAUGCGCUCACAAAACCUGAUGCCUCGUCGCCUUAGCUAGUGUUGAACAGUCCUGCGCGUGACAACGGCCACUUCGGGACCUUCUCAGAAAGAACGGCUCGCCUGACUGUUUAGCUGACAUACUGUUACCUUCCCUCGGAACCAAAAAGCACAAGUCGAGAGCGAAAGUAUUUUGCGGUGAUGCCCGACCCGAUGCGUGCCUUCUCACCUGGCUGGUCCCGCUGCUCUACUGCGCUGCGCUAUUGGAAUAUCCAUCCACGCAGUGUGUUCGAAUAGGUCACUCUACUUCAGGCACACUGCGCCACUGUAAAGCGCAAGGACGCUCUCCUAAACCAGGGGCGGACCUAUUGCAACGUGCGCCGGCGUGUCAUCUGCCAUCCUUUUGGCUGGUACAGAAAAGGCGUGCGCGAAAGAACCUGUGUGCGCAUGCAGGUGACAGCCGUUUCCCUUGUGAGAUGCCGCUGUCACCGAUUUGCGUGAUCGUCGCGCUGCUUUCGAGUCUUUUUUGGAACUCGUGGAGUGAUUAUCGUGGGCGAUUGGCCUUUCGAGAGGCGGCCGCCCUUCUUUUCGACACGCUGAUGCUACGUGCCAGCAUACUUUUUUUUUUCCCUUGAGGUUUUCCGAACUCAUGCGCCGCGGCGUCCGCUUUCUGCGCCCUGUCGUCUGAUAGCCUCCUGUUUCGGCUGCCUUGACUGGAUACAAGAAAAAUCUAAGAAUCCCCAGAUUUGGAUAUUAGUUCGUAGUACUGAGGCGUUGUUAACAUGACACGGGAACUGAAUAACGAUCGUUAUUCUGAAGAGUUUGGUAUUCUGAAGUUCGCAGUACUGAAAUAUUUCUACAUUGAAACUAUAUGAAGUCAGUGGUGGAUUUCUGAAAUGUUCGUUAAUCUGAAAAGUUUGUUAAUGUGGGGUUCGUAGUAACGAUUGAGAUUUUACUGUAGCAGAAUCUGACAACCGUCAUAUCCCAAUUUGGCUGAUAUAGUGCCCCUGAAUGUUUCUAAAAGCAGACGGCCAUGAUCCUAAAAAGGCAGGAAGAAGUCACAAACAUAUUUGAUGACAUAAUAGUCUUAGGAUGCACUUGCCAAUAGCCUGCCAUGCCAGGUGCGACAUCACACUGAAUCUGCACAAAUGCCUGUUUGGUGUGGCUAAAGUUUCUUUCCCUGGCAUCUUCAAUUCUACAGAAGGCAACAGGCGAGAUCUCGGUGAAGUCGAGACCAUCAAGACUAUGGAAGCUUCAGAAGACAUUGCAGUGGUGGAACAGCUGCACCAAUUACUCCAAAUUGCGCGAUGAGCGCAGCAGCUUUGCGCCAUCCUGGGAGGGGGGGGCUAUUGUGUAAGAUUCCACCUAGUGGACUGUCCACUUCGGCUGUCGCCAUUGGCUUCAGUUUAAUGAGCGCAAAGGAGACUGGCUGGCACCUUCGCGCUCGUGAAGCUGGAGCCAAUGGCGACAGCCGAAGUGGGCACUCCACUAGGUGGAUUCUUACAGAAUAGGCCUCCUGCUCCAAAAUGGCAUUUUAGCAGAAGAUUUUGCCAUGCCAUGAUAACAAGGUUUUUUCUCAGUAGAGUGCAAUUGUUUUGUUUUAACUUGUUUGAUCUUUUCUAUACGUUAGUAACAAAUGAGCUACUAUAUAACUUUAUUGAUGUUAACAUACUCAAAAACAAUAAUCCUACGAGAUUUGCUAUAAACUAUUUUUUACUCCCCAGAGAUCACACUAAUUAUGGACAAAUGACUUCAGCAUACAUAGUGAUAAGUAAUAAUUUACCCAACUCUUUAACAUCAUCUGCAUCUUUUAAAUCGUCACUUAGAGCAUUUAUUUUACAAUAAAUUCAGCCAUAUUAAUUUAUAUUCAGUUGUAUAAUGUGUUGUGUAGUAAUUGUGAAUAUGUGAACUUUUGUUACUUGUGAUUUUACCUAAUAGAUUACUAUGUUUAGGAAUUAUAAUUACUGUCUGGGUUGAUUUUGUCGUUCAUCUACAUUCAUUAAUAGCUGUUAUGCUGCUUCUAAUCUAGUAAUUCGUUGUAUUUCCUGUUCAGGUUCCCGGUGCUAUCUUCGAUUUUGGGACCCUCUCCUGUAUAAUAUACUACCUGUAUGUUCUGUUUUUGUAACGAAUAAACAAUUCUUGAAU